AUGACACAAGUUAUUCGUCAGAAACUUAAAAAUCAUUUUCUUUUAGGAUUUAUUCCUUUUGGUGCAAAUUGUAAUGAUGUUUUGAAACCUAUAAUUGAAGAUAUAAAAGAACUUGAAAAUGGAUUUGAAAUGGAUUUAGAUAAUAAGCGUAUUUGGAUAACUGGUGGAUUGGGAAAUAUUACAUCAGACUUACCUGAAGGAAAUGAACAAGCUAGAAUUAAGAAUCAUAAUGCUAACCAUGGCUGUCGUAUUUGUAUUAUCCAUCAUGAUGAAUUAAAUAAUAUGUCUUUUGAUCUUGCAAUGGGAAGACGUUACCAUCACAAGACUUCUUUACAAUUUGUUGAGUUGGAUAAUGCUCAAACUCAUGGUGAAAGAGAAUUCCUAUCACAACAAUAUGGAAUUCGAAAUAAACCUUCAAUUUUUGAUAAUGUGACUUGUGAUCGACAUUUACAAUGCCCUCAUGACGUAUUCCACUGUAUGGGAGGCUUAGCCAGUAAUAUAUUACAAGAAACAUUCUCAAUUUUAAUGACUAAAGGAGAAGAGUUAUUUUUAACUAUUUGGAAAUGUUUUGAAUUUCCAAAAUUACUAAAAGAUCAAUGUGUACGAAACUUUUUAGAUAAUUGGUAUAUUUCACCAUUACAAUUUGAUUUAGAAAGUGAUUCAUCUUUAACUUGUAUGACCGAAAAUUAUAUUAAUUUAUGUGUUCAAUCACCACUUAAAAAAUGUGAUUUAAAGAAAGAUGAUCUUGAAACCUUUCUAAAUAAUGAUUUAUUUGCAGAAACUGCAGAAGAUGAAAGAGUUAAAGGAGAUAAAGAAAUUGAAGAAGAUAGAGAAAUUACAGGAAAAGGAGUUGUAAAAAGCAAAGAAGUUGUAAAUAAUUAAGAUAAUAAAAAAAUGGUUAAGGUGAUAAAAAAGAUGGUUAUAAUGAUAAUUAAAAAGAAAAAGAGCAA